AUGAAAUCUUCGCGAUCAGAGUCUAAUAAUAAUAAUAAUAACAAUCCACAGUGUAAUAACAGUAGUUCUCCACGUGAAUUGUGUUCAACUGAAUAUCAAGUUUCUGGUGAGGAAUCUCAUACAGUUACCACUUCACCAACUACUAUUUCAUCUUUGCCUACAAUCGAUAAAUCAAUAAAUUUAAAUCCAAUGACUCCCCAGUAUAAUUUAAAUCUUAACUGGGUUUCACCAAUUAUCACAGCUUUAUCCUUAUCAGCUAAUUCUUCACUAUUAAACUUAAAUACAGAAUUAGCGACGGCAUCAUCAACGUCAUCUUCCUCAUUAUUAUUAUCGUGUAUGCCACAAAUCGCCACCAAAUUAAGAGCUUCAUCAUGUUUCUCCCUUGGAAGAUCAAGUCACUCAUCAAUCCCUAUGUCAUUACAUCCUCAAGAGAUGAAGUUAAAUACAAUUGCUACUUCUACAGCUACUAAUAACGAUAAUAAUGGUGAUGGUGAUAAUGAUAAUGACAAGCCAUUAGAUUUAUCAGUCAAGUCAUUAUUAACCAACCAACCCACCAGUGAAAUGAAUCUACCAACUGAAAAUGCUAAAACCUCGUCUAGGCGUAAAUUAAGCAAGCCACGAUCACAAGCUAAAACAUCUCUGAUGACAACUACAGUAUCGGCAACAACACCAGCAACAAUAAACACACCAGGAAUAUCGCACUCACCAGAACAGGCUGUCAGUAUCAGGGAGUAUAAAGAACCUCAAAUAGAAAGUAUUCCCUCCAUGAAUACAGACAACAAAAAUGGUAUAGAAUUAAGUCAACAAUGGAAAUUAGACAUUCAAAAUUUAGUUCAUUUAACUGAAACAAAUCAAAAGCGUCAGAAGUCAGCAGCAGUCAAUCGUAGACCAUUUAAAGCGUUCGGUAAUACAAUUCCAUCGAUUUCGAAAGAAAUUUUAUUAAAAUCAACUGAACUUAUUGAUCCUUUAAUCUUAGCCAGUACCAUUGUAAAUACAUCAGAAACUGUUGAAAAUACUGAACAAAACCGUGUUACACUCACUCCGCCAACACCUAUAACUACUACUACUACUAAUACUAAUGAUAUUGAUAAUACUGUUAGCAGUAUAAGUAAAGAUCAUUCCAGGCGAAAAUCAACUUCCAAGAGAAAAUCUCGUCGAUCACAAAGUACCUCAGCUAUUAUCCCAUUAGAUGUAAAUGACACUGACUCAUCAAAAGCAUUUCCAAGUCUAUCAACAACUAAAUCAUUAGAAUCUUUAAGUAAUAAAACAGAUCAAUGCAAAGAGAUCAUGAUUACAACACCAUCAAUUGCAUCAAUAUCCUCUACGCCAAGUUGUUAUUCAUCAAGUUAUCCAGAAUUAAUUGAUAUCAAAACUACCUUGCCAACAGUUGAGUGUAAUCCACGUAUGCGACGUUUCCCUGAAAUGACACCGAAAGAAAUAAAAGAUAAAGCAUAUUGGGAAAAACGUGUUAAAAAUAAUGAAGCUGCUAGACGUUCACGUAGAGCAAGAAAAACUAAAGAAUUAAGUUUGAAAAAAUAUGCUGAUAAUUUAGAAAAAGUUAACAUGAAAUUGAUUGAAGAAAUUGAAUUAUUGAAAGCAGAGAUAAUACAAUUAAAGGCCGAGAAAGAAGCGCAAAAAUCAAGUUGAAUAGUAAUAAUAAUAAUAAUAAUUAUUAUUAUUAUAAAAGAACGUCCCUUCUCCUCCAUACAACAACGUCGGUCAAAUGAUUUGUUUACCUUAUUUAUUUUGUAAAUAAUAUCUUUAUUUUAAAUUGUUGUGAAUUUUUUACUAUUGAAUCGAUGAAUAUCAUGUGCUCGCUCAUUGAACAUUGAAACACUUAAUCAUACUCACACAUUGUUCAUAAUCUUUAACUUUCAAAUAUACUCUAAGAAAGAUUGUGAAUAGUUGUCAUUCUUGAUUAGUUAUUAUUAUUAUUGUAUCCUUUA